AUGGCCACCGCGACCACCGUCUUUGUUACAGGUGCCAAUACUGGGCUUGGCCUUAACAUUGUGAAGGCUUUAUACAGAUCGGAAGCUGUUUAUCACGUUCUGCUUGGGGCUCAAUUCGACCAGCAAGCAUCUCAGGGUAACAUGACCGUUAGAGAUAUGUGGAAUCAGUCCUGGAACGUCAAUGUUACUGGUACAUAUAUCUUGACUGGAAGUCUAGCUCCAUUGUUGUGCAAGUCAGCUAAGCCGCGACUGUUGUUCAUCACGAGUGGCACAAGCACGCUCGCAGAACAUGGCAAUCUUGCGCUUGCUAUCAACAGGUCCCCCGAAAAAGGCUGGCCUAAACAGGAGUUUGCGGUCUCAGCUUAUAGAUCGGCGAAAACUGGAAUGAACAUGAUGUUCUUAGAAUGGGUACGCAUCCUGAAGGAGGAUGGCGUGAAGGUCUUUGCAGUCAGCCCUGGUAUGUUGGCCACAGGAUUGGGCGGAAACCCUGAACUCAUGAAGAAGAUGGGAGCGCUUGAUCCGAAUGUUGGGGCAGAGCUGGUUCGCGAUGUCAUUGACGGCCGCCGGGACGAAGAUGCAGGAAAGGUCGUACGCAAGGACAAUAUUCAACUAUGGUAG